CCUGAAGUAGCUGUGAAGAAGAGCGUCCUGCCUUGUGAAAUAUACAGGAAGAAGUGGUGCAAGUCUUUUUGAUUUACACAAGAACACCACGCUUGUUUUUUCCUCUACUUUGCUGCUGUUUCGUGCACUUUUAACACUUUCUAAGUCGUCCCAGAGGACGUGGGAGGGGAAAACUGGAAUAAUGUCGCUGAGAGUGGAUGAAGGGCAGCGCUGUUAGAGUCUGCGGGGUAACGUGCGCGUUUCCUCGGCCGAGGAGCGCAGAGGAGAGCCGCUUCAGGUCAUAGAUGGAAAAGCAGAACAGAGAGCAGUGAGCAUGUCGGAGCUCAGAUCCAGUUUUCUUCACAUCGGAGACAUUGUGUCUCUUUACGCGGAGGGCUCUGUGAAUGGCUUCAUCAGCACUCUGGGACUUGUUGAUGACAGGUGCGUGGUGCAGCCCGAUGCAGGAGACCUCGCCAAUCCACCUAAGAAAUUUAGAGACUGCCUUUUCAAGGUGUGUCCCAUGAACAGAUACUCGGCUCAGAAGCAGUUCUGGAAGGCAAAACAAGGAAAACAAGGAAACAACAACACUCAAGCGGAGCUUUUCAAAAAGUUACAGCAUGCUGCAGAACUGGAACAGAAGCAGAAUGAGACGGAGAACAAGAAGCUCCUUGGAGAGGUUGUCAAGUACAGUAGUGUCAUCCAGCUUCUCCACAUUAAGAGUAAUAAGUACCUGACGGUGAACAAACGUCUGCCUGCACUACUGGAGAAAAAUGCUAUGCGGGUUUCUCUGGACCCAGCUGGAAAUGAGGGCUCCUGGUUCUACAUCCAGCCUUUCUGGAAGCUCCGCAGCGAAGGAGACAAUGUGGUGGUUGGAGACAAGGUGGUGCUGAUGCCAGUGAAUGCUGGGCAGCCCCUUCAUGCCAGCAACAUUGAGCUUUUGGACAAUCGUGGCUGCAAAGAGGUGAAUGCUGUCAACUGUAACACCAGCUGGAAAGUCACCUUGUUCAUGAAGUUCAGUGACUACAGGGAAGACGUUUUGAAGGGGGGUGAUGUGGUGAGGCUGUUUCAUGCUGAGCAGGAGAAGUUUCUCACCGGUGAUGAGUACAAGGAACAGCAGCAUGUCUUUCUCAGGACCACCCUGCGGCAGUCGGCCACCUCGGCCACCAGCUCCAAGGCUCUCUGGGAGAUUGAGGUUGUGCACUAUGACCCCUGCAGGGGUGGAGCGGGUCAGUGGAACAGUCUCUUCCGCUUCAAACACCUGGCCACUGGGAAUUACCUGGCUGCAGAGCUGAAUCCGGAAUACAAAAACAAUAUAGAGGAGCCCAAAGGAGAGAAUGAGACCGAAGCUGUGUUCUCCAAGAGGAAGCACCAAGCCGCAGAGAAGAUUGCCUACACUCUGGUUUCUGUUCCCCAUGGGAACGACAUUGCCUCUCUGUUUGAGCUGGAUGCCACCACCCUGCAGCGGGCGGACUGCCUCGUGCCCAGAAAUUCCUACGUGAGACUUCGACAUCUGUGCACCAACACCUGGGUGACAAGCACCAACAUUGCCAUUGAUACAGAUGAGGAGCGUCCAGUUAUGCUCAAGAUUGGAACCUGUUCCACAAAAGAGGACAAAGAGGCGUUUGCCAUCGUCUCUGUCCCAUUAUCAGAGGUCAGAGAUUUGGACUUUGCCAAUGAUGCCAACCAGGUCUUGGAAGCGACCGUGAGGAAGCUUCAGUGCGCCAACAUCACUCAGAAUGAGAGGAGGUUUGUCACGACACUACUGGAGGACCUGAUUUUCUUUGUGUGCAUGGUGCCAAACCACGGACAGGACAUCCUCUCUGUGGCCACCUCUACGCCCAACCGUGAGAGGCAGAAACUCAUGAGGGAGCAGUACAUCCUUUCCCAGAUAUUUGGUAUCCUGACGGCUCCAUUCAAAGAUAAUGGUGAUGGUCCAAUGUUCAGGUUGGAGGAACUGGGAGACCAGCGCUACGCUCACUUCAAAUACAUGUUUAGACUCUGCUACAGAGUGCUGCGACACUCCCAACAGGACUACCGCAAGAACCAGGAAUAUAUAGCCAAAAAGUUCCACAUCAUGCAGGGUCAGAUGGGAUAUGAGAUUCUGGCUGAGGACACAAUCACCGCCCUGCUGCACAACAACCGCAAGCUGUUGGAAAAACACAUCACAGCCAGAGAGAUUGAGACCUUCGUUGGCCUGCUGAGGAAAAAUCGAGAGCCCAGAUUCUUGGAUUACCUGUCUGAUCUCUGUGCAUCCAACAAGACCGCUAUCCCCGUCACACAGGAGCUUAUCAUUAAAUUUAUGCUGAAUGCCACUAAUGCGGACAUCCUCAUUAAGACAAAGCUAAUCUCGAGCACGGACAACUCCCUUGAUUCCUCCAUGUCCCCAGAUGAGGGGGAGGAAGAGGAGGUUUGGCUCUACUGGAUCGACAAAAACAAGGAGCCUUAUGGCAAAUCCAUCCGCCACCUGGCCCAGGAUGCUAAAAACAACCAUAAAAUGGAUGCAGGCGUGCUCACCUUCUACAGGUGUCAGCUGAACCUUUUUGCCAAAAUGUGUCUGGAUCGUCAGUAUCUCGCCAUCAACCAGAUCUCUGUCCAUCUCCCUGUGGAUCUAAUCCUGCGUUGCAUGUUUGACGACUGCCUGCCCUACAACCUCAGAGCGUCCUUCUGUCGCCUCAUGCUUCACAUGCAUGUGGACUGCGAACCACAGGAGGCCGUGGUUCCCGUCCGCUAUGCCCGUCUUUGGACUGAAAUUCCCUCCAAGAUCUCCAUAAAAGAGUUUGAGUAUGAAUCCACUGACAACUCCAGAGAGGAAAUGAAGAGGAGAUUUAAAAGCACUAUGGAAUUUGUGGACGACUAUCUGAAAGAUGUGGUCGCCCAACAUUAUCCGUUUGGGGACAAAGAAAAGAACGAACUCACACAAGAGGUGGUGAAUCUUGCCCGAAACCUGGUGUACUUUGGUUUCUACAACUUCAGUGAGCUGCUGCGCCUCACGCGGACCCUGCUGGCCAUCCUUGACAUCGUCCAGCAUCCUUUUGGCUUGCUCAACAAGCUCGGCAAGAAUCUAGAGGCCGGAAACAAUGUUCUGCGUACAAUCCACGGUGUCGGGGAAAUGAUGACUCAGAUGGUGAUGAGUCGAGGUGUGCCGCAUGGUUUGCCGGACACGCCCCCCUCCCUGCGUUACGGGAAAGGACACCUCAUUCCGGACAACGAGGACGUGGUGGUGAUGGACACCAAGCUGAAGAUCAUUGAAAUCCUCCAAUUCAUCCUAAGCGUCAGGCUGGACUACAGGAUCACUUAUCUGUUGUCCAUCUACAAGAAAGAGUUUGGAGAUAAAACGAUACCUGACAGCUCUUCCUCAAUGUCUGACUUUCUUCCAUUUACACCUUCUGAACCAGACAUUGAUGAGAUUGCAGCAAAAGCAGAUGGCAUGUUUGUAGGAAGCUCUGAAUUAAGUGCUUUGGAGCUUGAUGAUGAAGGUGGCCGCACAUUUCUGAGGGUUCUUAUUCAUCUCAUCAUGCAAGAUUAUCCACCUCUGGUCUCUGGAUCACUACAGCUUAUCUUCAAACACUUCAGUCAGAGGUCUGAGAUGCUGGUGGCCUUUAAACAGGUACAGCUCCUCGUCUCGGAGCAGGAUGUACACAACUAUACGCAGAUCAAGGAAGACCUGGACAAGCUGCGUCUUAUUGUGGAGAAGUCGGAGCUUUGGGUGGAGAAAAGUGGAAUGUACAGCAGUGAUGAGCUUGGGGAGGCUGUUCUAAGUCCGGUACAAGAUGGGGAGAGCAAGCCUCAGAUGGACAGCAACCAAGAAAACAACUAUGACGUUCUUACAAAAAUCCUGGAGCGCUUCAGUAGGAUGUGUUGCAUGAAUAAGAAGAACCGGCUGCAGCUGCAGAGACUGCUGAAGAACAUGGGGGCUCACACUGUGGUCCUGGACCUGCUGCAGAUCCCCUACGAAAAGAAUGAUGAGAAGAUGAAUGAGAUUAUGAAGUUGGCUCAUACGUUUUUGCAAAACUUCUGCAAAGGAAACCCUGAAAAUCAAGUUCUGCUCCACAAGCACCUGAACCUCUUCCUCACUCCAGGGUUACUGGAAGCUGAGACAAUGCGUCACAUCUUCAUGAACAACAAUCAGCUGUGCAAUGAUAUCAGCGACCGAGUGGUUCACCAUUUUGUCCACUGCAUUGAGACGCACGGACGGCACGUUCAGUACCUCAGGUUUCUGCAAACAAUCGUGAAAUGUGAAGGGAAGUACAUGAAGAAAUGUCAGGACAAAGUCAUGACUGAGCUGGUGAACGCUGGCGAGGACGUUCUGGUCUUCUACAACGAUCGCUCGUCGUUUGCUGUGCUGCUCCAGAUGAUGGCCUCUGAGAGCGAGCGUACGGAUGAGAACGGAGCCCUGGCGUACCACAACACCCUGGUGGAUCUGCUAGCUGCCUGCACAGAGGGGAAGAACGUUUACACCGAGCUGAAGUGCAACUCUCUGCUGCCGCUGGAUGACAUUGUGAAAGUGGUCACGGAUGUGAACUGUAUUCCAGAGGUUAAAACGGCGUAUGUGAAUUUUGUCAAUCAUUGCUACGUGGACACCGAAGUGGAAAUGAAAGAGAUCUACACAUCUUCUCAUAUCUGGAGGCUAUUUGAAAACUUCCUGGUUGACAUGGCCACUAUGUGCAGCUCUACAGAACGCAUCCGUCCAGAUGCCCUGGACAAGUACGUGACAGAAACGGUGAUGGCCAUAAUCAAAAGUUUCUUUGAGUCGACUUUCUCUGUGAACCACUCCAUGCUGCAGAAUAACCAGUCUACUUUCAUUAAGCUGAUCCAGUCAUCUUUCAGAAUCUACAGCCUUAAGGUUAUGAAUUCAUCCCAGAAGAGCAACAUUGAGACCUGUAUCAAGGCACUGGCUGAUUUUGCAAAGGCCCGUUCCAUUCCCAUCCCGGUCGAUCUGGACAGUCAGGUCAACACUCUUUCUCUGAAUGUCCACACCAAUGCGGUUCAGCGGGCGGCAAAAGACUGGAGGACCUCUGCUCGUUCACGACCUCGCAAAGAGCCUCUGGGUAGCCCAGACUACAAGAACAUCAUCGAGAAACUGCAGGGGGUUGUGACUCGUUUGGAGGAGCAGUUCAAUCCGAAGGUUCAGGCUGAAUUCUCUGUUCUGGUGGAUGUUCUACACAGCCCAGAGCUGCUGUUUCCAGAAGAUGCACGUCUACGCUGUGAGAGUGGAGCCUUCAUGUCCAAACUAAUUAAACACACAAAGAAGCUCAUGGAACAAGAGGAGAAGCUGUGCAUAAAGAUCCUGGAGACCAUCAGAGAGAUGAUGGAAAAAAAAGAAUGUUUUCAAGAAUCCGGAAAUGAGCUAAGAAAGGUUCUUCUCACUCGCUACUUUGGAAAUCAAAAGCUGCACUCCAAGUCGGAGGGUGGGAGUGGAAACAGCUCUUCGGGAUCCUUUGUCAAACAGUCGUCCGGAGGUUCUGCCUCACUGGACACUGACAAGCCAGGCAGCAGCAUGGUGGAGAUCCAGUGCCUCUUGGAUAAGGUUGGGGCAACAGAGCUGGUGAUCCACCUCAUAGUCAACACAAAGAACGAUCGAGUGUUCGAAGAGAGCAUUUUGCUUGGCAUUGCUCUUCUGAAGGGAGGAAACACACAGAUUCAGAACUCCUUCUACAACCAACUGUAUAAGCAGAAGAAUUCAGAAAAGUUCUUCAAGGUUUUUUACGACCGCAUGCGCUUGGCCCAGCAGGAGAUCCGAUCCACGGUGUCCGUUAACAUGUUUGAUUUCAGCUCCAGGAAAAGGGAAGAUGACAGCAAUUUCUGCAGCACCAGAUUUAGAAAAGGGAAAGACCCUAGCCUUUAUAUGAAAGAAGAUAUGCGAGGGCAGCUGAGAGAAGCCUCGUCAGCCACGUCCAAAGCCAUCUCCUCCUACAGAAAUGAACUGGACCCAGAUCUGGAAUUUCUUGGCCAGAACCAUGAGGCAAUUGGAGCCGAAGAGCUUGAAGAAGAACCUGAGAUGAGCUGGUCAAUCACUGUCAUGAAACCCCUCUUGCGAUUCCUCCAGCUGCUCUGUGAAAAUCACAAUUCAGAUCUUCAGAACUUCCUCCGCUCUCAGCACAAUAAGACCAACUACAAUUUGGUGUGUGAGACGCUUCAGUUUUUGGACUGCAUUUGUGGGAGCACCACUGGAGGUCUGGGGCUGCUGGGACUGUACAUCAAUGAGAACAAUGUGGAUCUUGUGCGCCAGACCCUAGAAACCAUCACAGAGUACUGCCAGGGACCCUGCCAUGAAAACCAGACAUGCAUAGCAAAACAUGAGUCCAAUGGCAUUGACAUUAUUAUUGCGCUGAUUGUGAACUCCAUCAACCCCCUUGGAGAGAAUCGACUAGACCUGGUAUUGGAUCUAAAGAACAAUGCUUCCAAGCUCCUGCUGGCCAUCAUGGAGAGCCGCCAUGACAGUGAGAACGCAGAGAAGAUUCUCUACAAGAUGAGACCCACUGAGUUGGUGGAUGUAAUGAAGGAAGCCUACGCUCAGGGGUAUGACGCUGAGGAGAACACAGAUGGCGUUGGAGAGCGGAUCAGACCCAGAGAUGUUGGACACAACAUUUAUAUCCUGGCCCAUCAGUUGGCCAGACACAACAAGAUCUUGCAGCAGAGCCUCAGGCUGAGUCCUGGCCCGGGUCUGGAUAACGAUAAAGACGAAGCUCUUCAUUACUACGCCAAGCACACGGCACAGAUAGAGAUUGUGCGUCAUGAUCGGAGUAUGGAGCAGAUCGUGUUUCCAGUUCCAAACAUCUGUGAGUACCUCACUGAGGAGUCCAAGACCCGAGUUUUCACCACCACCGAGAGAGACGACCAGGGCAGCAAGGUGAACGACUUCUUCCAGCAGUUUGACAACCUCUACAAUGAGAUGAGAUGGCAGAAGAAGAUCCGCAAUAAUAAGGUUCUCUUCUGGUUCUCACGGCACUUCUCUCUUUGGGGGAGCAUCUCCUUCUACCUGGCCUGUGUGCUCAACCUCACUGUGGGUGCUUUUUACCCAUUUGGAGAUGAUGGAGAUGAGGGCACCUUAUCUCCUUUCUGGAAUAUCUUUCUGUGGGUAGCCUUAGGGAUCACCACCGCCCUGCUUCCUGUCCUACCCAAACAGUGGGGCAUCAUGUCCUUCCUCAUCUCCCUGAUUCUCCGAGCCAUUUACACUAUGGGCCUCACGCCUGCUCUGUUUUUGCUGGGUUCUAUAAAUCUCUUCAACAAGUUAGUGUUCCUUGUAAGUUUCGUGGGCAACCAGGGAACAUUUGCUCGAGGCUACAAAGCAGUUGUGAUGGACAUGCUCUUUAUCUACAAUUUGGUUUUUGCCUUCUUCUGUGUCCUGGGCCUCUUUGUUCAUGAGUUCUUCUACAGCUUUUUGUUGUUUGACCUGGUGUCCAGAGAAGAGACGCUGCUGAAUGUGAUAAAAAGUGUUACAAGAAACGGCCGCUCCAUCAUCUUAACGGCAAUUCUUGCCCUGUUCCUCGUCUACUGUUUCUCCAUCGUUGGCUUCGUCCUCUUUAAGAAUGACUUUCGGAUGGAGGUGGACCCACUGCAUUCAUCAGGGAGAUCAGAUAUGCUGUGCGACGUCGAAGCCGCAGAUUCAACCAUGAAGACCAGCUGCCCUGCGUCACCUUCCAAAUCACUUCCUGAUGAAGAUGAAGGAGUUGAGCGUGUGUGUGACACUUUGCGCAUGUGCAUAAUCACUGUGCUGAACCAAGGAUUACGCAAUGGUGGAGGUGUCGGGGACAUUCUCCGGAGACCAUCCAAAGAGGAGCCUCUCUUUGCGGCCCGAGUCAUUUAUGACCUCCUCUUCUUCUUCAUCGUCAUCAUUAUUGUGCUUAAUCUAAUAUUUGGUGUGAUCAUCGACACUUUUGCCGACUUGAGGAGUGAGAAACAGAGGAAGGAAGAGAUUCUUAAAACAUCCUGUUUCAUUUGUGGGUUGGAAAGGGACAAAUUUGACAACAAGACGGUGUCCUUUGAGGAGCACAUCAAAUCAGAGCACAACAUGUGGCACUACCUUUACUUCCUGGUUCUGGUGAGGGUAAAGGAUCCAACAGAGUACACUGGACCUGAGAGCUACGUGGCCCAGAUGAUUGCUGAGAAGAACUUAGACUGGUUCCCUCGCAUGAGAGCCAUGUCAUUGGUGAGCAACGAAGGAGACAACGAACAGAAUGAGAUCCGAUCCCUGCAGGAGAAACUGGAAAACACAGUCACUCUGGUGUCACAGCUGUCGAGCCAGCUGUAUGAGCUCAAAGAACAGAUGACAGAGCAGCGUAAGAACAAGCAAAGGCUUGGAUUCCUGGGUCCUCCACAGCUCAACCAUCACAUCCCAACACACUGAGAACUGCUUCUAAUAAAAGUAUGCCGACUUUAGCCUUAAAGAACAACACACGUCCUCAGAUGUGUUCCGUCAACCACUGGAGUCGAAAAUGCAAGCAGCCAGUGGGAAAGUUUGGACUAGAUGCUUUCGUUGUGACUCAAACACUUUCUUUUUGGAUACUAAAUGUGUUUCAUGUGUCCAGUCAGCAGUAGGACGCAGUCCACAUCUGUAGCAUUGAUGGGCCAGAUCUAAGGUCUAAGAGGGCGCACACUGUUAAAGUAUUUACCCUUUAGGUUUCCUUUUGGUAUUUAUGAAAACAUUUUCCUUUCAUAACUUGAGUAUUACUUUUGUGUUCUAAGAAGAAAUCAUGCUGCCUUACUGUAUUUUAUAAACUGCACACUGGAAUAGUGCACUUUUAAAGAAAAAAGGGAAAAUGUUAAGGUUGGAACUGGAAGUUCUGGUUUGUUCGAGAUCUCACGUUUAAUCAUCAUGUAAAGUGUCAUGUUCAGAUAUUAAUUCACUGCACCACUUCUGUUGCCUUUUACACAUUUCUAUGUAACUGUGAGCAAAAAUAUUGAUAGCCUGUGGAAAACUUACUUGAAUUUUCCUUAAGAUAUUAUUUUUUGUUAAUAAUUUAGUGAUGGUGGAUGAUAACCCUGGUUUUCUUUGUUACAUUUCUGUUAUUAAAUUUCACACGACAAUGAUGACAUAAUUCACUCAUAGUAUUCAUUUAAUCUUGUUUUGGUUUGAAAUCUUUGCCCCUAUUUGUUUUCCUAGAGCUAAGAUCACACCUAAAUUAAAACUUGUUUUAAUCUCACACAGCAGCACAACUGCAGAGGUUUGUUACUGACCUGUGACACUUUGUUCUCAAACCCAGUGUAUGAAAGAUCCAUUUUAUAUGCUCAGAAGAUCUAAUAAAUUUAUAACGACAGUUGUUUGGAUGA